AUGUCAUCGUCUACUGGGGCCGUCAAUCCCCACCAUGUGAUCAGUUCUUACUUCAUUGGCCCCAAAGCUGAGAACCUCCCGGACUUCAAAAACAAUCUCGACACCAUCCUAGACGAGCUCAAGAAAGCGCGAGAGGCUUACCACGAAAGUGAUGGUGACUUCAUUUCCCAGGAAGUCCGGGACUCGGCCACUUUCAAUGAGAUCCGUGUCAACUUCAAUGCCGCGGUGAGGAAGGCGGCUCAGCUCCUUGGAAAGCACUCCAUCCCGUUCUGGCACCCUCGCUACGAGGGGCACAUGUGCACCGACCUGACAAUGCCCGGCCUCCUCGGCUACGCCAUGACUAUGAUAUACAACCCAAACAAUGUCACAGUCGAGGCGAGUCCAUUCACGACAGUGGCAGAGUUGAAAGCAGGACAGCAGCUGUGUGAGAUGUUCGGGUAUAACAUCAACCCCCAAAAGGAGGAUGUACCAACCGCGUGGGGACACAUCACUUGUGAUGGCACGGUAGCCAACUUGGAAUCCAUCUGGGUUGCACGUAAUCUCAAGUUCUACCCUCUCUCGCUGUACCAGGCGAUGAAGGAAGACUCGCUCUGGUUCAUCGCCGAUCGCUUCUCAGUGACCACUUGUGUCGGCGAGGAGAAGCUGUUCCGCGACCUCAGCGUCUGGGAACUCCUUAACCUCCCGCCCAAGGUCAUCCUAGGAAUGGCUGAUACUUUGUAUCAAGACUUUGGGAUUACAAACAAGUUCCUAGAGGAUAUUCUGACUAAGUACAAUAUCCAAACCGUUGGCAAGGACGCCCUUGAACGCCGUUUCGACAUUCAGAAACCAGGGAAGUACUUCCACGCAAAGACCCGCCAUUACUCUUGGCCGAAAGGCGGUGCUAUCGCGGGCAUCGGCUCCGGAAACAUGCACGGUAUUGAACUCGAUCUGGAUGGUCACAUUGAUAUAGAUGAUCUUGAGCGCGAGCUGAAUCGAUGUCUCGAGGAGCGGCAGCCGGUGUAUGCAGUCGUGGCCAUUAUGGGCAGCACGGAGGAGGGCGCGGCCGACCGACUAAGUUCGAUUAUUGAUCUCCGCAAAAAGUUCCGCACGAAGGGUUUGUCGUUUCUUGUCCAUGCAGAUGCAGCAUGGGGGGGAUACUUUGCCACAAUGAUCCCUCGUAAGGUGAUGAAGGAGCCGUACUGGGGGGGCGGAGGCCACAAGGCCGUUGAGACGGUUCCAUCCCUUGCACUCCGUGAAGAUACCCUGACGGACUUUCUGGCCCUAAAGGAUGCCGACAGUAUCACAGUUGAUCCCCACAAGGCCGGGUAUAUUCCAUAUCCGGCCGGGGCCUUGACAUAUAGGGACGGUCGAAUGCGCUUCCUUGUCACCUGGACGUCGCCGUAUCUGACGCAGGGAUCUCUAGAGAGCAUUGGCGUUUACGGGGUCGAAGGCAGCAAGCCCGGAGCGGCAGCGAUGGCGACAUGGCUGUCCAACAAGACCAUUGGCUUGAACGAGACCGGCUAUGGUCGUCUUCUUGGGGAGGCCGCUUUCACGAGUGCCCGGCUCUCUGCACACUAUGCUGCCAUGCACCACGCGCAGACUGAGAAGCACUUCAUCUGUAUCCCGUUCAACCGCCUUCCGCUGGAAAAGCUUGGGUUUGACUCUCUGUCUCCCGAAGUUGAUGAGCGGCGACAAGCAAUCCUCGAGCAUAUCAUCAGGAAGGACAAUGACUACAUCAGCCAAAACGAAAGAAUUAUGAAAUACAUGCGUGAGUUGGGCUCGGAUCUCAACAUCAAUGCUUUCGCCCUGAAUUGGUAUAGAGAGGACGGCACCCUCAACAACGAUAUCGAGGAGGCAAAUUACCUGAUGCGACGCGUGGUGAAUCGACUCAGCAUUACUAGUGCGGACCAAGACCCCCGAAAGAUUCCCCUGUACCUCACGUCCACCCAAUUCACCCCUGAGCUUUACGGAAAAUGCGCGCUGCAUUUUAUGAAGCGGCUGCACCUGGACCAAGCCCCGCAGGACCUGUGGGUACUACGAAACGUGGUCAUGAGCCCCUUUCCAACGGAGCGGGACUUUAUUGGGCAGUUGAUGAGUUACUUCCAAGAUAUCAUCAAGGACGAGGUAGUGGAACGAUGCUGGCCUAGGAAUAAACCGGGCAACAGCAAAGUUGAGUUCUUGCUGCGAGGCACCGACGAGGUGUUCCUCGAUUUUGUGACCUGCUUCCACCAGGCUACACAACGGCAGCAGAUUAUCUUCUCUGCCAGCUUGGACACCGCCUCCAAAGCCAGCUAUGUAAAGCUGAAAGGGGAGAAUCCUGAGGAGGAUAUCACCCUUACGUCUGUGGAGAAUAUCCACUUGGAAGAUCUAGUGAAUCGGGCAUUGAACAAAGAGAAUCCCACUCUAAAGUGCUCCAUCGGCGUUAGGAACACCCCUGGUAGCAUCACUUGUGAUGUGACCGUGACACGCGUGAUCAAAAGCCGACCGCUGAAUUCGGCCAACCGCGAACCCGAUUAUCCUCGUCAUUACAUGCCGUUCUAUCUCUACGGAACGGCGGAACAGAAACAUCUCUCUCACAUGCUACUAAAAGCACCGAACGCGGCCCUCUCGGCGAACAAUGUCCGUCUCGAUCGCGACCUCUCCGCUGUGGUUGACAAGCAUUUGUCCGAGGGCCUGAUCCUGACGCUGACCGAUUUCCGCGAGGUGACGAUGCAGCCCUUCCCGACGACCAACGCGGCAAUCGACCUCACGACAUUCUUCUUCCGCAAGGGCCGAAAGUACGGUGUCAAGGUGUACCGCGACCCCAAUAGCCCGUCGGCGGCCGGCCCGGGGCUGCUGGAGUACCUGGGCAGUCCGAUCGGGCAGGGUACUAUGGAACUACGCGACGACGUGCAUAUCGACGUAGAGGGUCCCAACAAGGACCCCUUUGAUCACGCCCCGGAGCCCAUGGAACCGUGGGAGAAAGAGCUGGAUCAGAUUGAGGCAGUCUUGAAUGGGGAGCGACCGAGUGCGGUCUGA